AUGACCGUGGUCAUGGAGCCCAACCCCAUGCCAGGCACAUUCCUGCCUGACAACGACUUUUCUUUCCGCUGCGCGAAAUUCAAAGCAUCUCCGUUCCUGCCUCCAGAUCGCGAUAGUCCUCUGAACACUUCCUCCCCUUCCUCACAACAGUCUCAGCAACUUCGUCGUCAGUCGGAGACAAAACCAUCUCAUUUCUCGGAUGACCAGCGGUACAGUCGCAAGCGACCGCGGCUCAAUACAGGAUCCAUUCUUCGAGAUGCUUCUCACAACCGCUCUAGAUCGGCGCACACCGGGGUCCUGAGUCCCUCACCGCUAGUCAACACGAACUACCGCAUCGCAGGCGGCCUCGACACACCUACUGCUUCCAGAACGCAGCAUGAGGAAGAUGCCCACGAAUAUGACUACGAGAUAGACUGCCGCCCAAGCAGGUACAGCUCGCGAAACUCACUCCACACCUCAGACUCCUAUUUCCCAAAGACACCCGCACCAGAUCAGAACCGGAGGAGCAAGCGAAGACUCUCGCCGCCCUCACCGCCAAUAAAGGGCUGGGGAAAGACGGUGUGGGCUUUCACCGGUGGGUUCGCCGGCAAAUUCAUCAAUUUCUGCUGGAACACCACUUUCAGCGGGUUCUAUGCCGGCGGCGGCGGCGGUUAUCAAUUCGAUACCGGCACGCCUGGACUGGCCGCAAGCACUUGGACCGAAGUCGGCACGAAGGAUGAUUUUUCUGAUUAUGGCAACGGCGCGUCUUCGAGAAGAAUGGAUCAGGAGAUAACACCGCUGCCAGGGGGUUUUCCGGACGAGGGACCGGAGUUUAUCGAGGACUACAUGUCCAAGUUAAAUGUCGAUGAAGAGCAGAACAAUGACUUGACACCCUGUAGGCGCCGGCAGGAGGAAGCCCCGCCGAUCUCACGCUACAACAGCUGGGUGGUGGUCGAGGACAGCCACGGCAGUUCAAGAUCGAGGGAAUCGAGCCCAGUCCGGAAAAAGUCCAGAGCCAGCACGGCAAAUCUCUACAAUGCACGACCAUCGCAUGAGCCGCGGCAGCCGAGUCACACUCUAUCAUCCCGUCCGUGUCUCACUCCCAGGUCGUCAACAGCGAGAUCAUCGGCAUCCUACGCCUCACCGCGCUCGUCAAGCAGCUCGAUUCCCACAACGAAGCACCAACUCCACCGUUCAAUACCCUCAUUACCUACAACCAACUCCCAAGAAAAUACCGGGAAGCGUCAACCAACUCGUCCUGGUAGCAGUCACGCAAAUCGUGCCUCACUUGCCUCUCCACGCCGGCAAUCCUCGGUGUCUGUGUCUCAAACAAGUCCCUCGCUGAAGCAGUCACCCGAGGUCCGGAAGUUCGAGCAAAAGAUGCGCAAAAAGGAGGCCAAGCAGGACCAAACCAUGAACCGCUUCAACGAUCGUCUGCAGGCGAUGAUCAGGGAGGGCCAGGCCGCCCUAGGAAGUCGAAUUGAGGUUGAGAUGGGAGACGAGGAUGUCGACCUGGAUGAGGGAUACGACGAGUAUAGAGACGUCAAGGGGGCUAUCGCUGCAUGGGGAGCUGAAGAUGCCAGGCACUGGCCGCGGGCUUAG